AUGAUGCGCACGCAGGAAGCCGACUUGGCCAUCGGGGACCUCACCAUCACGGUGUCUCACUCACGCGUGGUGGACUUCACGCUGCCCUUCAUGCAUACCGGCAUCGGCAAUUCUGGCCGCGUCCACAAGACUCAUUGCGAUCAGCUGGUGGGUGUUCUCGCUUAUCAGGUUUCCUUCUACACGGCCAACAUGGCCGCUUUCUUGGUCAACGAGAAGCUCCAGUUUCCCAUAGAAAACGUUCAUGACCUGGCUGCGCAGUCCAAGAUUAAGUACGGCUGCAUGUCGUCGGGCUCAACGGAGACGUUUUAA